UGGACAUGAAAGGUAAAACUAAGGACAACCUAAACUCUCGUAAAGACUUACAAGAGUUGGGGAUUGGAAAAAAGUUGCACUGAAAAAAGGAUGGAGCUAGUAGUUCUAAAGGGACUACACCACCAUACAUCCUUUUAAGAACAGAGAGACCUAUCUUUUGUAAAAGGUUAUUUAACCUAAGAAUGUCGGAUGGGUACAGCUCUAAUAUUGCAAGUAGAGUGUCAUUAGAGGACAAUAAGAUUCUGAACCUAAAGUCUCAUGAUUGUCAUGUCCUAAUACAACAAUUGUUGUCAGUAGCACUAAGAGGAUUGUUACCAAAGGGACCAAGGGUUUCUAUCUUUCGGUUAUGUGCUUCUUUGAAUUUGCUAUGCCAAAGGGUGAUUGAUAUAAACAAAGUAGAGCUACUAGAUAAAGAGCUUCCAGAAACUCUCUGCAUGCUUGAGAGGUUUUUUCCUCCUUCUUUCUUUGAUGUUAUGGUCCACCUAACCAUUCACCUUGCACAACAAGUUCUGAUUGCUGGUCCGGUGCUAUUUUGCUGGAUGUUCCAUUUUGAAAGGUAUAUGAAAGUCUUAAAGGAUUAUGUUAAAAACCGUUCAAACCUAGAAGGAUGUAUAGCAGAGAAGUAUCUAGCUGAAGAGAUAACACGCUUUUGUGAUGGGUACAUCAAAGAAGCUGCUGAAAUAUGUGUUCAACAUAAACGUAAUGAAGAUUGUGAAGAUGAAAUUAUAUUGGAAGGGAAGCCUAUUGGUCUGAAGAAGUUAAGACAAUUGACUCCUACUAUGUGGGAGAUUGCUCAUCGUUAUGUAUUGACAAAUACUACAGAGCUUGAUCCAUGGAAAGAGUUACAUAAAGAUGAGCUUAAGCUCGUGGACAAGCGUCUUGAAAAAAACACAAGUCUUCUACAAAUGAAACAUCAGAGGACUUUUAGUGAUUGGUUGGCAGACAAAGUUAGAACCAGCGAUUGUAGUACUAUGUCGGAUACUGUAAGGUGGAUUACGUGUAAGCCGAAACGGGAAGUUUUAUCAUGUUCAGGCUACCUUAUUAACUGGAACCGAUUUCACACUAGGGAGUCUGAAAAAGGGACACAGAACUGUGGUGUUUCUGUUGAAGCUGACACAUAUUGCCGAGCAAGUGCAAGAGACACAAUGCUUAAGUUGGAUAAAGUAGAUUAUUAUGGGGUUAUAAAAGAAAUUAUUUUGCUAGACUAUCGCAAAUUCAAAGUUCCAAUGUUUGACUGCGAUUGGGCUAACAUAGUAAAUGGUGUUAAGGUUGAAGAAGGAUUUACACUAGUUAAUCUUAGAAUAGGCCAGCAUCAGUUUCAAAGGGAUCCUUUUAUCUUUGCAUCACAAGCAAAUCAAGUGUUUUACUCAAGAGAAAGUGAUGUAUCGAAUUGGUCUGUAGUCUUAAGAGCACCACCAAGAGGCUUGUAUGAUAAUGAGAAUCCUGGUGAAACUGAUUACAUGCCAUCUGUACCAUUAGAUUUGUCAGAACUUUCCCUAAAUUUCGUAGAUGAAGAUUUACGAAGAAAUCAUUGUGAUGUGAUGAGUGAGGCAUCGACUGAUAGCGAAAGUGGUGACGGUGAGUCCACAGAACUCUGAUUUGAAGACCAUACCGAUCUUUUGUCUUCACACUUGAGAAUCUGCCAAGUUAGUACCAUGUCUACUGGAGAAACUUCAAAAAAAGGUGGCAAGACAAGAAAAAAGCAAAAAAAGAGUAUAGAGGCAGUUGUUAUUGCUAUUAACAGGGAAGAAAGGAAUUCAGGAAUAAGAAUUUCGGAUGGAGGUUCUAAUAACUCACAUAGGGAAUCACAUACUCCAGCACCUAAUAGUCCAAUUAGGUGUGAAAAUGAGACAACCUCAGAUUAUUCGAAGAGACCUCUAAGGGACAAAGCAAAGGGGGAUAAUAAAGAUUUUAAGAACAAGGGUCGGGUUGAAGUUCAGUUCAAUGUCAGAGGUCAGCCUUAUGGGGAAUAUGCAGCAGGGUUCUCCUCCUUCCUUGGAGUCACAACAAGAGAGUUCGUACCAUUGACAACUGAGUGGAAAAACCUCACUGAUAAGUACAAAAUACAAAUUUGGGAACAUAUCAUGCAAAAAUAUAUUGUUCCAGAAAUUUGCAAAAGAAAUGUGUUCCAUAAAAUGAUGAAGCUUUGGCGAGAUUACAGAUCAUUGACAAUGAAAGAAGUGAUGCAGCAAGCUGAAUCGGUAGGCUUAAUUACCACGUGCUGCUGCCCUCCUCAAACCUGAUAAUAUAGAUUCAAUGGAAGUGUGGUUGGAUUUUGUAAAAUCCAGAACCACAGAAGCAUUUAGGGAAAAGUGUGAAAGAUUCAGGUUGAUGCGACAAGGCAGAACCUUAUUGCAUAGAACAAGUAGAAAGAGUUUUGCAUGUCUUGAAGAAGAGCUGAAGCAACAAAGUGAGACACCAGAUGCAAUAUCAAGGUCGAUAUUUGGCUUUGUGCCUAUGAAGUGAAGAAAAAAGCAGGCGAAGAAGUUGAGGAUCCGGAAAUAGUGAAACUAGUACGAAAGUACAAGGAAGAAGAAGAAGUAACACAACCAUGUUCGAUAAAAACUGAUGCUGUUGCAAAGGCACUUGGUCCUGACCCGCGAGGACGAGUUAGAGGACUUGGGUUUGGUGCACUCCCUUCAAAAGUGGAUGGUCAGACACACGUUGCUAAUAAGGUCACUAUGCUAGAGAACGCUCUUGCUGCUUAAACACAACAGGUGGACCGAUUAACAGAGUUAGUGCAAGGUCUCGUUGCUCGGCUAGACAAAGGAGAGAAUGUCAAUGAAAACACAAGUGUGCAACAUUCUGCUAAUUGGAUUGCACAGAGAAAACGAAAAGAGAAUCUGAACUGUUCUAGUGAUAUAGCACAAAGCAAGCAGAAAGAUGCUAGUGUUAUAAGUUCUAACAGGGAGAGGGGCAGUAGGGAGCAAAUCAAAGAAAAUACCUACGGAAAUGAGCCACAUUUGGGAAAUGGUAGGCCAAAAAAGAGCCAAAAGACAGAUGCAGCGGAAAAAGUGUACUUGCUAAGUUGGUUUGCUAAAGAAGAAGAAGUCGUUGCUACUGGUGGCAUUUUGUCAAAAGAUCCAGAAGCUUUGGUGCAUCAUAUGCCUUUUGGCCAUGAUUGUUGGAAAAUUUCAGUGCACGAAGUUUUUCAUGAUAUAGCUUUGUAUCGACCGACAAGUGAGUUCAAUAAGCUUGAUGCAUCUAGAGGAAGUGUAAUCGCAUGGCCUGUCAAAUAUAUCAAGAUGAAUUCGGCUGUCAAUUGAGGUACAUUAAUACUCUCUAGUAAUAAUCCCAGCUGUGCUCAAUCUUCAUAUAUU